AUGGUGCCCUCUGCGCGGUCCUCCUCCUCGGAUUCCGAGAGAGAUUCUUCUGUUAGAAGCUCUUCCACUCCCAGCAGCGGUUAUAUACAAGUGGGGUUGGCGGAAAACACAAAUUUGUCAUUUGAGAAGAAUAACUCGUUUCUCAAUUGGCUGUUGCUUCUCGUGCUGCUAGGAGGGUCUACUACCUGCGCCGGUAUCUUUUACUACUCAGUUCCUUUGCGCCACGAACUGACAACGGCCGUGCGUACGCACCUUUCCAGCACACCUUUCAAAGAGGGUGUCUUUUCCCUACCCAGUUCGUGGGCGGGGGGAUGGUUGAGUAGCUCGACCUUCUCCAGAGCUGUGGAAAUUCACAACGUGAAGGCAAGUACACUUGUUCAGCCAGAUAAGAGGAGUUUUACCAUAGCUGCAGGCGCCAUAAUGACCUGGGCAGAUGUGGAGGCCUGGCUUCUUAAGGUCCUGGCCCCUACCCUUUACACGGGCAACUUGGGGGGCGCCGUCGUAGUGCAACUAGCCAAGCUGCAUCUUGUUAAAGGAAGUCUUGAGGAAAAUACAGAUACCUACACAAAAGGCCUUGUAUACAAAAGAUUAGAAUUUUCUGUUGCUGAAGAGAAGACUGUCGACUUUGGAGAGAUCCUCGGCGGAACGUAUGGAGUUGACGCUACGAGUACAAUACAGGCACUUGGUACUGACGGCUGGUGGACCCCACUUACUACAAAGGCAACACUUAUAAUUCGAGGAAGGGAUGGCAACGGAAAUGAUUGCACUGCUGAGGUUUGCUUCGAGCAAUCCCAGUCCGGCUUGGUCUCUGGGCGAGUUGACGUUAUGACAACCUUAGUAUCUGAAAGCACCUUGGCACUGGUGUUCGCAGCUUUGUUCUUAGCUGCGAGCAUUGGUUACAGUGUCGUAGAAUGGCUUGCCUUUGAACAGACGAAGAGAACACGCAGAUUCGGGGAGGAGCAUGGUCCCUUGUACCGCUAUUUGGAAGACCGUUGGCCCUGCACACUGGUAGCUGCUACAAGUCUUACCAGCGGUACACUAAUGCUGACAUGCUGCAUGUUGAGCGUUUUCAUCGCCAAAUCUGAGUACAACACCGUAAUGCUGCAUGCACUAGAAGUGCUGGAGAGCAUAAUGGGUGUUUUAUUAAUGGUAAACGGCUGGGCGUUCAUUUUGCGGCUUCUGCAUUCUCUUUCUGGCGCAAGUAUCUUUUUCUUGGUUCUGGAGAAAAGCACUGCCGUUGCUGUAAACGAGUUUGGGGGAAUCUUUGCCAUAACGAUCCUCUUGCUGCUCGGUGCAUCGACAUGCAACUACAUCCUUCUAGGGCCGCGAGUUGAGCAAUUUCAGAACUUCGGAUCGUCAAUCUUUUACACGGUCUGCAUGGUCUUUGGCGCACCGUUCACUCAUUCAAUGCCGCCUGCCGCAUUCAUAGUUUUUUCUUUUUGUUUAAUGGUAUUCUGGGCUGUAAUCGUCCCCCUCUUAGUGGCGAUCAACAUUCAGGCGCUCUACACCGUUGUAAAAAAGGUCCGCUCAGAAGAAAGGGAGAACUUGGGUGAGUCACAGGCCCUGUUCAGCAGUGCCAGCACUGUUGUGGUUUCCUGAUCAGGAUAUGAAGUCAUUGGCCGAACUCGGGAAUGGAUGCAAAACAACUUGUUUUUCUGCACGCCUGAACCAACGGAUCACAGUAUUAAGGAAGAGGAACUGCAAGCUCGCCUGAGAGAUAUGCGCGAGACUGACGCUGCCGAUUUUUGUCAACACGAAGAAGGAAAGUCAGAGAUCUCUCAGGCAGUGGACAACGUUGCGCUCGAGUGUAGGAAGCUAGUGAUGGCGUUUGCUCCGUUUAUUCUUUUUUUUACAAUGUCCAUGUGCUUAAUCUGUGACACGCCGCGUGUCAAUCGCGAGUUUGAGAAGUCUAUGGCGCAAAUACUCCAACCAUUCAACACUACUGAUCCGUUCAUGUCACCGGAGGACAAUGAACGUACCCCGCCUGUUUGGAUGAUUCCCCAUAAUGAGUGCAACCCGACCCCCAAAUCCUUUCCUGCUACCCAGCCACCGGGAAUAAAACGUCCACUUCGAAUUACCAAUGUCACGUCGCUCGGGGGCGUCUACGAUUGGUUGGAGCAAAUACUAGCAGGCCAGAUACUCAACGCUGCCUUCAAUUUGCCGUCCACUACAAACGCAAUCCCACUUACAAACCCUGGUGCAGUGCUUUUUCUCACGAGGGUAAAUUUAGAAUGCCAAAGUUUCGAGCCUCUGACUGAGCUCUACCCAGUCAGGCGCAAGAGCGACGCAUUUCGCAACUGGUCUUCUGACGCUUUUGGAAACAGCAAAUUUAAUCCAACUCCAGAACGCGUCUACAGAGUACCCAUAUCCUUUUCUGGUGAUGGUUCACUAACGACUUUCGUAGACGCAAAAAGCCAAUCUGCAUUCAAUACAGUGGAUUCCGGAGGCGAACAGCCAUCAGCAAUUCGGCAACAACAGAAUGAAUUCCCAGACACUAGGCGGCUCUCGGAAAGUUCCAUGGAAGACAUGCAAGCGAGUGACGAGAAUUGGACUGCAUCGGACUUUCAAGAGAUAUAUGUAGGCCCUAGUUCCAUGAGAACCAAGAUGAAGCAACUCCGCUCAGCAGGCUUCCUAGAUUGGCAGCUACUUGAGCUAGAAGCAACAUGGAUGACGUACAACGGAGAUGCGAGCAUGUUUGCUCUGAACAAAGUUACUGUAGCAAUGGACGAAGGCAAUUUGAAAACUGCCGUGCAUGUGACUGUUGCUCCUUCGUGGCAUAUAAACCCACUCGGGGACGGCAUUCGGCCAGAAGUGGUACUGAUGCCACUGUGUCUUGUAUGCCUACUACUUUACCUUUACCUAUCGUAUCGCGCAGUACAGGAGCGUCGGCUGCCUUCUAUGUACCUCAUUGUACUGGAUCUGCCUCUUGUACUGGCUUUCGCUUGCUGUUGUUUCUUCCUACUGUGCAUGUAUAAUGUCGCGUUUGACCCUGGUUGGACCGCGGAACUAAGCUCCCUAGUAGCGGGGAACGCCGCAUCAAGUACCGGCCACCUACCUAAAUUUGUCCCAGGUCCAGUUCAACCUUGGCAGUGGCUUCCCGGAAGCUCCAGUACUCCAUCAAGGUCUGAGCCACCGCCUACAGCCGAGUCUUUCCCACGUUUUCUUCGCAUUCAGAAUCACAUUGAAAUAUUGGCAGAUUACCUCUUAUAUUGCAAGAUCUGCGCGGGGCUACUGUUCAUCGUAGCCGUGAUCCGGUUCAUUACAAUGGUGCCCGCUAUUCCAGAGAAGAUGCAGGGCCUUCGGAAGCUCCUUUCACACCUGAAUGCAGCAAAAAUGCAAACAGCGUGUACUUUGGGCUCACUUUUCAGCUCAUUCUUGCUAUUUUGCUUUGUUGGAUACUGCGUUCUAGGAGGAUCGUACAAUGGAUUUUCUAGCUUUGCAAAUGCACUCGUAUCGUGUGUGAUGCUGACGCAAUCCAAGUGGAAUUUUAACACAAUCAUCACAGUAUCUCAGCAGGGUCGAAGUAUUGGAUGGCUUUUCCAAGUUUUCACACUUUUGACGUGCAUGUUUUUCUUUGGUUUCCUGAACUAUAUUGUUCUCUCAAUGAUUUACGUUAGAUAUGAGUCAAUGAAGGGUGAAGAGGCAGCGGAGAUGCAGAACGUCUUGGAAGCAAAAUAUGGCGUUAAGAAGAGGAAACGUGUGCCUCUGAUGGUCAAUGACACGGUAAUUCUAUAUUUUAAGGCUUUUGUUAAGUGCCUUACCCUUCAAGCUUGGGGAGUGACUCUUGACGGAGAGGAGCCUGUAAAUUCGGACUUUGCUAGCCUAAAAGACGACUUCUUCAUUUCCCUGAAGGAGCUUCCACUGAUGGAAUACAUCAGCAAGGCACUGCUUUCCACUCAAAUCGUGAGGCUGCAGCAGUGUCUUACGGAUAUUGAGUUCUUGCGAGCCAAGCACUUCCUUAUUCUGCAUGACCUUGGAGUUAUUGCUGAACACAUGCGCGUGCUUCGACAGGUAAUUCGAAGACAAGGGAAAUAUGUUUCCGGCGUGGAAGCGGCGAUACAACACGUAAACAGACAGAUUGAAGAAGUGCAAACGCGCAAAGCGUUCAUUACGUACUACAACCAACAGGAUCCAUUGCACACGAAGCAACAACUAGAGCAGCAGCAGCUACUCGAUCUUGGGAUGGACGCCGGUCGUGAAGGUGCUCGGAGGGCAGUUGCUGACCCUCGUGCUUACAUCCCACCGGAACUACUAGAUGUGGCUCGGUGGGAGGAUCCGAUUCGCCAGCAACUCAUCGAGGAGCAACGCGAGCAGCAUCGCAAAGAAAAUUCACAGCCACCAGCGCGGCAUAGACAACAGAGAAGGCGAGAAAAGGAUAGCGAGAAGCGAAGGCACGAAGAACAGUCCCCUCCGGCCUUCAGUACACGCCUGGCUAUUGCGAAUGUAGGUGAAUCUGUUUCCACUCCUUUUGGCCGAGGUGGACGCCGCUCACCGGGAGCGCGAGCACGUUUCCCUGUUCUUCCUAGAUCCGUGGACAGUGAUGAUGAAGACUGGGACACUGUGAGGCAGCACUAUGGGGGAGAUCAUCAGGGGACAUUUGAAUUUCACGAUAAAGACGGAAACACAGUGUUGAUAAAGCCAACCCCAGAACCUCCAGCUAUGGCACUUCCUCCAGCUUUUAUAGGGACUCCUCGUAAGCGAGCUGCUCAGGCGUCUGUCCAGCAGCCAGAAGCCGAGCGGGAAGGUGAAGAGUACACACAAUAUCCAGGCGAAGGCACCUCAGCUUCUUCCGCUGCACCCGUCGCUCUAAGGGAGGCCCCGCCUGUUCCCCAAACAGACUCCUUUGCGGAGGAAGAGGAGCCACGGCCAAUGACCAACGCUCCGGAUAUUGCAGAGGGUCGUGCUAUAGAUCUGACAACAGUGCGCCAGCCGUCUCAACGGCCUUACCCCCAGACACAGGGAAGCCGGCGGGCCAAUAUCAAUCUACAGACCUUCGAAGUAGGUGGCGAGGAAUUUAGGAUGCUACCUCGUAGAAGGAAAAAGCAGCGCUAA